UCUCCUCCUCACUCCUCACUCUCUCUCCUCACUCUGCCCUCUCCUCACUCCGCCGCCACUUCCAUCCAAUUCCAGAUCCACUCCGUGCUGCCGACGAGAGAGAUGGCCCUUCCACCCACCAAGUCGCGGCCGACACCGAUCCUAUCCAAUGAUAUCACGGAGGCAAUCUUUCUCCGCAUCCGGCCGAACGAAGCCGAGUCCCUUGUGCGUGUUUCGCUCACGAGCAAGUUCUGGAGCAGUCGCCUCUCCGGCAGUAGCUUCUGCAGCCAGUACGUCGAGCGCCAUGGUAACACCCCACUUCUCGGUUUCUUCUGCCGCUGGCCUGAGUUGUAUGAACCGAAGGGUGAGGAUACAGUCGGCCCCUUCGUUUCCACGAGCCUCCUCCACCCACCUUAUCCAGAUGAUAUGGCCGAGAUGGAUUGUGCCAUGGACUGCCGGCAUGGCCGGGCUCUGCUCGCUGAUCUCUAUGCCGACCCAGACCCAGUGAAGUUCUUGAUCUGGGACCCGAUCACCGGCCGCCGCAGGAUUCUCGUCGCACCCAGAGAGUACGACAGCCGGCAUGCUGCCGUGAUAUGUGCUGACAGUGCCUGCAAGCACCUUGCCUGCCACGAAGGGAACUCCAAAGUUGUGUUUGUGGGUGUUGAGCAUGUUGGGGCUGCAGGUUUUCAAGCUCAAGCAUCUGCUUAUGUAUACUCGACGGAGACCGGGCAGUGGAGCCAGCCAUCACCUCUUCUGCAUCUUAACGCAUCUGCAGCAGUCUUGCAGAAUCCCUCUGUCCUAGUCAAUGACAAGCUAUACUUUGUCCUCAAAUAUGAUGAGGAUGACCUUGAAGAUGGUGAUGACACUAUUGACAUUCUGAUGUAUGACUUGACAUCUCACUCUCUCGCUGUCAUAGACGCCCCCACACGCGAUCUUAGCAUCAGCAGCGACUUCAUACUCUUAGCCAUGGAGAAUGGUGCUUUGGGAUUUGCUAGCCUGGGCUGGUCAUCGAUCCAUCUUUGGUCACAGCAGAUGGGCCCAGAAGGACUCCUGGAGUGGACGGCACCCACAAUUGUCGAGCACCGCAACCCCAAUGCACACCAAGAGAUCCCCAAUGAAGCCACAGAAAUUCUUGGUUCUUUUGAGGGUCGGGAUAUCCUCAUCGUCGACACAAACCUUGGCAUCUACAAGUUCAACCUCAAGUCCCUGGAGUACGAGAAGAUCUGGAAGAAAGAGGUGUUUUUUCGCCAUUCUUCCGUUUCCGCACUACAAUUUAUGGAAACAGGAAGAUGAGCGUGCCCCAUCAAACCUGAAGGAGAAGCCACAAGUGGUUGAGGAGGACGAGUCAGGCAAGGCUAUCCCAAACCAAGAGUGUCAGCACUAAUCUUGACGACGGCAUGGAGCGGCAAGCUGGCGGAGUCGCGUUCGUGCAUGAGCAGCGUUCAGGCCGUUGUGUAGCUACAUGCAUGUUUGUUUUUGCUGGGUCAAGCGGCUGUUGUGGGCUGCCCACGUUCUAAGGAUGACCUUGCAUGUAGCUAGCAGGUUGUUAGUUGGCGCAUGGGUAAGUGCAUGGAGCGUGUGCUGUAAGCGGCCGGUUAUGAUGGGUAGUGCGUGCGUGCGUGAGGCCAACGCCUGAUGAGUCUGGCUAUAUAAGCCAUGUAUUGGUGUUGUGUAGAGUGCCGAGUAACUACGAGAAAAUGUAGUCUUCAGUA